AUCAGCGACCCGCAGAACGCGGACGCGGAAGCACCGCCGCUCAGCACCCCCGAAGAAACACGGAGUCCAGAGAGGCACAGGCACCGGCCUGGCGCGCACAGCUCCACUCAGCGGCUUCCUUCCUACCACAUACGUAGAUAGGAAUGGGAGCACUUGAUGCUUGAGGACGUCCUCUAGCAUGAAAGAUGGAAAGAAAACACACACCGAAGCAAGGGACCAAAGAACAGAAAAGAAGCGCAGAGAUCAUAGGAAAACUGCAAAGAAAUACCUGAUAGUAUCUUCCAAAGGAUUAGAGAAGACAUAACAUUCAUUAAGAAUACACAUAUAGAUGUAUAUAUACGUAUGAAGAAAGCCUGCUUGAUAUCACACAGUCAGGAGUCAACUGAGUUGCGGCCUUGAACUUAGGCUUAUCUGAUGCCGAAGUUUGUGAUGCUCUUCAACCAUUUAGGAUACCUCAGAGUGUGGAUUUUGAAUCACCUGCAUCAGCAUCAUUUAAAAAUAUAGAUUCUGGGGCCCUGACCAGGUCUCUGAAGUCAGAAUAUGAAGUGGAGCUAGGAAUCUAACUUCUUAACAAGUUCCCUAGAUUCAAGCUCUGGAAGUCAUAUUACAGAGGAACAAUUUCCUUCCUCAGGAUGAAAAUUUAUGGGAAUUCGGAGGAAAAUAUUUCAGUGGUCAUUACUAAAACGCUCAGAGUCAGAUACAUGCAGCAUCAUACCGUAAGUCCUGUUAGUCAAAGCAUAAACAAGCGCAGGGCCUGGCGUGGCUUCCUUCAAGUUGGCUGACUCAGUCUGGGAGGAUUCACUCAGCAAGAGGCAGAGGAACCAAGGCAGGAUGAAGACAUUGCCUGUGCUCGUGCUGUCUCUUACCUUACUGACUGUCUUCUCAGAGACCUCCCCGAUUUUGACGGAGAAGCAGGCCAAACAGCUUCUAAGAUCUCGGCGACAGGAUAGACCAAGCAAACCCGGAUUCCCCGAUGAGCCAAUGCGGGAAUACAUGCACCACCUGCUUGCCCUGGAGCAUCGCGCUGAGGAGCAGUUCCUGGAGCACUGGCUGAAUCCUCACUGCAAACCCCACUGUGACAGGAACAGGGUUCAUCCUGUGUAAGGGGAUCAGGACCAGCCUCGCAAGCAUUUUAAUAGACAACAAGCUGGACAAUGUUGAAACAAGACAAGGCUGCUUCUUUCACUUGUUUUUAAAUUGCAGAAAUGGAUGUCUUCAGACCUCGUGAACUGUGGGCAUAUCAAAGAUUGCCUUGGAAAUGGCAAAUAUAUAUACUGCUUCAUUUUACUAACUUGCAUAAAUCACUAAAACCAAUAGCUUAAAUCAUAGACACCUUCCAAAGUUCUUCCCAUCAGUUUGCAAGAGUGGGAACAACCAGAAUCUUACCUGGGGUUGAUGGAGCUGGAACUCCCAGACCAGAAGUUGGGGCAGUCUGCCUGCCCUAAGGAAUUUGGGGAAUCUUUGUUCAGAGUAGUGAAGCAUACCACUUGGGGUUGCUGAGUUGUUUUGUCUUCUAUUUUUUUCCUCUUCUUUUCUGCCCUAAUAAACAUUGGUAUUAAAUUUA